AUGGCCAAUAAGCCCUUAAGACGGGAAUCUAAGCAGAAGCCCGUCGCUACCCAGAAUUCCGCUAAGAAGACGGAUGAUUUUGAUGUUCCUGCACCGUUCACACAAGCCCCGUCCUCCUUGACCGACUUUCUUGAGGGUCUCUCCCCGAGUGAUGUCUACCUUUUUCAUAUUGACCGGCAUCCCAUCCCCGAGAAGCAGAAAAUCUUCCUCCUACCGCUCAUACUCAACCUUUCGAUUAUAUGCCUGGUGGCUUAUAGAAUUUAUGUUGGUGUUUAUACCUACCCUAAUAUCCUGGCCGCGAUGCUGGGACGCGACUCCCCUGCCACAAUAAACCCUAAAAAGGCCUCGUGGAGCUUAAUAUCUAGUACAUUAGCUAGUCGAACCCUCACUUUUCUAUUCGACUAUCUUCUCAUUGCAUUGUUUUUACCUUGGCCCGCUCGAUUCAUCUCUGGCCCGGUCAAAUGGCGCCGAACAAUUGGAUUCCAACAGGCUGAAAUAGUUGUGCGUAAAAGCCGAGUCUGGAGUGAGAGCCUGGUUCACGCAUGGAUCCGUGAUGACGAUGCAACUAUGAAGGACCGCAUUAUACCAGCAAUCACCCCAAUGAGGUUGCAGAAGACUGGGUAUUUGCUUAUCGAUGCAGACUGGGAUCUGGACUUUGGUGCUAUGCUUUACGCAGAAGAGAAUAUUAAAGCAGAUCUCCUACGUUACGAAGAUUUUGAGACUUGUGUCGUCGUUCAUGGUGGUCCAAGCAAGGGCUGGCUCAUCUGGCGUGUUGAGGACAACUCUUGUAACUCGGACCCCUCUAUGGAAUUAUCUGAGUCUGAACGUGAUAAAAUUGUGAAAUUUAAAAAUAAACUUACAUCUAUGGGAAAAGAAGACCUUUUUUUUCGUUGGAUAGAGAUCAUCCAGUAUGAAAGCACGCGGCCUGGUGGUUUUACCCCAGAACGACAGCAAAAUGCCAUGUUGGAGACCAAGGCUUUAUUUGAGCAGCAUGGAGUUGAUUUUGAGGAGUUUUGGGCUGAUGUUGGUGGUAUGGAGGGUGUGUCGAUCUAG